AUGAAAAAAGUGAGUAAGAAUUAUCAAAAUAAAUUGAAAAAUGUAACUAACUAAUUAAAAAACUAUGUUAAUCCUAAACUAGAUUAUUGUAAUAUUUUAAAUAAUUAACUUUGGAUGAAAUACAAUUCAAGAAAUGAAAAUAUAAAUUUAAUUAAAAUAGCUGGUAAUAAUUAAUCCUAUUCAGAAAGCAACAUAUUUUAAAAUCUACUACUUACUUAUUUAUAAAGAAAGGUAAAAAUAACACAUUAAAAGAUUUAUCAAAAAAGAGCAAGAUUAAUGAAUAUUUAUAAAAAUAUUACAAGUGAUGAACCACAUACAUAAUAUUUACUAGAUUCAGGCAACACAACACAGUUUACGAAAUCAGAAAUGCACUUUUUUGUUUACUUGUUGAUUAUAAAUAAAAUAAUCGAUUGA